CGAAGAGAAGGGCGAGACGGGGACCCACGUGGAAUGAUAUGUUCUCUAUGAAUCUUUUCUCCGGUGUCAUCACCACCUCUCUUCAGUUCCCUUUCCCAUCGUCUCCGUUGAGCUUUGGUCGAACGACGUCGUAGAGGAGCGAGGACGAAGAGGAACCAUCAUACCUGGAAUGCCAAAAUUCACCAUUCUUCUUCUUUUAUGAUUUAUACUCUCUGCAUCUAAACGCCAAAAUCCACGCUUUAUCUUUCGCUUCCCUUCAUUCCGAACUCGAGUGUCAAUAAGGGUGACGGCGUCAUAGGAGAAGACGAGAUUAGGAAAAUGGAUUCGAUUCCGUCGAGCGCUGCUCAUGGGAAUCUGGAUGAGCAGAUUGCUCAGCUCAUGCAGUGCAAACCCUUAUCAGAGCAAGAGGUAAGGGUGCUCUGUGAUAAAGCAAAGGAGAUCCUGAUCGGCGAGAGCAAUGUACAACCUGUGAAAAGCCCUGUGACCAUAUGUGGUGAUAUUCAUGGGCAGUUCCACGAUCUUGCUGAGCUCUUCCGGAUUGGUGGAAAGUGCCCAGAUACCAAUUAUUUGUUCAUGGGAGAUUAUGUGGAUCGUGGAUACUACUCUGUGGAGACAGUAACACUUUUGGUAGCCCUCAAGGUGCGUUAUCAUCAACGAAUUACAAUCUUGAGGGGAAAUCACGAGAGUCGUCAGAUUACUCAAGUUUAUGGGUUUUAUGAUGAAUGCUUAAGGAAGUAUGGUAAUGCCAACGUCUGGAAGACAUUCACAGAUCUGUUUGACUAUUUUCCACUGACAGCAUUGGUCGAGUCUGAAAUAUUUUGUCUCCAUGGUGGGUUGUCUCCAUCCAUUGAAACACUUGAUAAUAUCCGUAAUUUUGAUCGUGUACAAGAAGUUCCUCAUGAGGGUCCCAUGUGUGAUCUCCUAUGGUCUGAUCCUGAUGACCGUUGCGGCUGGGGUAUAUCACCCAGGGGUGCAGGAUAUACAUUUGGCCAAGAUAUAUCAGAGCAAUUUCACCAGACUAACAGCUUGAAGCUUAUUGCUAGAGCACACCAGCUGGUUAUGGAUGGGUUCAACUGGGCUCAUGACCAAAAAGUUGUUACCAUAUUCAGUGCACCAAAUUAUUGUUACCGAUGUGGAAAUAUGGCAUCCAUACUCGAAGUUGAUGACUGCAGAGGACAUACUUUCAUUCAGUUUGAACCGGCUCCAAGGAGAGGUGAGCCCGACGUAACACGAAGAACACCCGAUUACUUCCUAUGAAGACUUGAAGAUUGUGAUCAGAUGGAGCUCCUUUAAAAUGGCCACUCUUUAUGCGAGUGGCUUCUUAGGAAUUGAUAGUGUUAUAAUUUCUUGUUGAGGUGAAAGGUGGGAAUGGCAUAAAGCAUGUAGAACCAAACAGGAAUAGGUCGGGUAGACUGAAGUGGGACUUGGAUCUGGGAUACCGGUACCAGCCUUGGAUGUAGGGGGGGUUGGGGACCAGCAACCACCGUGGUCCAUGCCUAACCCGUAUGCUGCUGCUAGCUUUUGUUCCUUUCUUUCCAUUUGAAGUCUUUAACUUGUUAUUUUUUCUUGCAUAUUCUUGUUUCUUGUAGAAGAUGAUUAUUUUCUGACAGUAAUAUUUUUCUUUAAUACUCAUAGGGCGGCCGGUUAAAUAGUUGGGAUGUUGUUAACUGGACUUGCGUAUGAAUCAUUUCUAGGAGAAUCAGUUGGCCUUUGUUUUAGGUAUCAUAAGACUUUGGGUAUGCAAAAAAUCUUGAGCUUGUUUGUAUUAUUUUUAAAUAUGAGAGUUUGUUUGAACCGUAAGUGGCGUUAUGAUGUUUACUGUAAUAAAUUCCAUAUUUAGCCAUUUCACGACAUAGUUUCAAUUUGUCUUACCUAAAGAUCAACUCUGGUCACUACUCACUAUAAGGAUAUGAUCUUUUUUUGACAUAACUACACGGAGGGAAGAGUUCUAAUAAAAAGACCUCUUCCUGUGCAAAGUGCGAAGAUAUGCACUUUUUCAUGUUUCGAUUGCACUUUUUUUGUGUUUCGGUGGCGAAAAAGUGUGGUUUGUUUACGAAAUUGCCAUCGUGAUUUUGGUUGAAUUUAGUGCUUUUUUGGUUAAUUUUGAGCCAUUAGAUGUGGAAAUGAAUGUACAAGAUUAAUUCUCACUUUGCAUGAGAAGAGCUCUUUGUAUUUGAACCAUCCCCACUAUACGGAUAUGAUCAAUAUUCU